GAAGAAGACGAAGACCAGCCACUAUGUCGACGGCGUCCACCACGCAAGACGAUGCGAGCGAAGACCCGACGAGCACGUCAUCCGCCACGAACCGCACGGUGGCCGAGAGCGACGGUGGCGUGGAGUCGAACCUGCUCGAGAUGAUGAGCCUGAGCGUGCACGAGCUGCAGCAGCUGUCGGCGCUCAACGACGAAGGUCCGCGGGCGCCCGUCAACAGCUUCGAGAGCCUGGCGCCUGACAACCCUGUCGGAUCGAACGAGGACGCCCCCUCGCGGCGAUCCAGCCUCGGUUCUUCCGACAGGGCUGGGGAGCGGCCGCAGCCAGCGCGGGUCAGAGCUGACCGCACCGUCACCGAAACGAUGUCGGGAGAGUCCAAGGCUCGACGCCCAUGGUACGGCGCCUCGGCGGCCUCACUGGCCUGCAUGGUCGUGCUGAUGGUCGUCAUCCUGGCGGCAGUCGCAUACGGGGUCUUCCUCUUCCGCCUGGGACACCUCCCGGCCCCGGAGAAGAGGGCGGGCGCACACCAGUCGGCCAACGACACCGGCCCUGGCCGUGGUUGACCGAAGCGGCACUUGGGCGCAAGGCGCUGCCUUAGUAGAAAGUGCUCGGCUGGUCCGAUAUUUCGUGUUUUAUUGUUUUAUUCACUGCCGAUAAACGCGCUGUACGAUUUCUAAUACAUCUAUUGUUUACGGCUCAAUAAGAACACGUUGCGGCAGCUGAAUUCAGAAUACUACCGAUACCUUCAAUGCUCUUGUGCGUUCUCAGGCGAAAGCUCCCUCCUUGGCAUCAACUAAAGAUUGCGCAAGAAAACUGUGAUUUUAAUAAAUAUAAACGACGUCCACUCUUUGUUAGAGACCGCAAUAUUAAACUUUACCGCCUCGUUUCCAUGACAUUAGGUGAACAUUUUUACUAAGAAUGUAGAAGAAAGAGAAG